GGGGUAAAAGAUAGCGAUGUGCAACAAACCUAUGCUAAAGUUUUGGCAAAAGAUGUGCAUGAUUCACCAAAGUGCCGUGGUGAAGAGUCUCUUAAGACAGAGAAAAUCCUCAAAGGGGCUGAAGAGUGCAUUUUAAAACCAGGUAAACAGGCGACUAUAAAGGAGCAAGAAAUCCCUUCUGUAAAACUAGCUAAGGCACCAGGGAUUGAGAUCAAAACAACUACCCACAGCCAAGGAGAAGCCCAAAACAAAAACCUGUCUUCAACUGAUGCUCAGCCAGAAGAAUCUGCAGUAAAGAGAACCAUAGCGGAGGUGAAGACCGAGGAGAGACCAAAAGAGGUCAAAGGUAGGGAUGGACAAAAAGUGCAUGCUCAAGUGUCUUUAGAAGACGUGUUGGAUGCAGCCAAAAGUCUGGGUGGAAAGUUUGGUAGGACAGAGAAAAUCAAAAAAGAACCUGAAGUGCGCAUUUUACAACUAGGUACACAGGCCCCUGUUAAGGACCAGGAGAUUACAUCUGUUACAGUAGCAAGUGCACCAAGUCUUGAUAAAGAUCAAACAAAUAUCCAAGGCACAAAAUCAGCAGAAAACAAGGCCCUGACUUUGGAUGCUCAGUCAGGAAAGACUGCAGACAAGAUGACCAAGUUAGAAGUAUGCACAGGACCUACAGAGGUCAAGAAAACUGGGGUCCAAGAAAGGCAUCCUAAAGUGUCUACUCCUGAUGUAAAGACAGAGAAGGCUGCCGUCAAGACAGGAGCAGCAGUUCCACAAAUCUCCACUGAAAGGCAAAAGAAUGUGGCUCAGAGAGACUCCACUCAACUCACCUCUGUUGCUUCUGCAGCAUUGAAGCCUAGUCAAGCAGAGACAACAUCUGCAGAUACAUCUAAGAAAGACACUGUAAAACCAAGGGAGACAGGGAUUAAACAAGAGGUUAUGAAAACCAAACAGGAAAGACCCAAAGAAGUGAAGGUAAAGGAUGACAGCAAGCAAGAGGUUCAUGCUCAAGUGUCGCCAAAAACCGUGCUAGAUUCCUCCCGGACCUUAGAUACAAAGUCUGUCAAGAUUGAGAAAAUCGAGGGGGCUGAAGUGCAAGUUUUACAACCAGGUACACAGAUCACUAUUAAGGAGCAGGAAGUCACGUCUGUUCCGACAGCAAAGACAUCAAGGAUUGGGAUUGAUCCAACAAGUAUCCAUGUCGAGAAAUUGCCAGAAAACAAAGACCUGACUUCAGCUGAUGCUCAGCCUGAAAAGACUGCAGACAAGAUGACCAAGUUAGAAGUAUGCACAGGACCUACAGAGGUCAAGAAAACGGUGGUCCAACAAGAGCAUCCUAAAGAGUAUACUCCUGAUGUAAAGACAGAGAAGGCUGCCAUCAAGACAGGAGCAGCAGUUCCACAAAUUUCCACUGAAAGGCAAAAGAAUGUGGCUCAGAGAGACUCCACUCAACUCACCUCUGUUGCUUCUGCAGCAUUGAAGCCUAGUCAACCAGGGACAACAUCUGCAGAUACAUCUAAGAAAGACACUGUAAAACCAAGGGAGACAGGGAUUAAACAAGAGCUCAUGAAAACCACACAGGAAAGACCCAAAGAGGUAAAAGAUAGCGACGUGAAACAAACCUAUGCUAAAGUUUUUGCAAAAGAUGUGCAUGAUUCACCAAAGUGCCGUGAUGAAGAGUCUCUUAAGACAGAGAAAAUCCUCAAAGGGGCUGAAGAGUGCAUUUUAAAACCAGGUAAACAGGCGACUAUAAAGGAGCAAGAAAUCCCUUCUGUAAAACUAGCUAAGGCACCAGGGAUUGAGAUCAAAACAACUACCCACAGCCAAGGAGAAGCCCAAAACAAAGACCUGUCUUCAACUGAUGUUCAGCCAGAACAAUCUGCAGUAAAGAGAACCAUAGCGGAGGUGAAGACCGAGGAGAGACCAAAAGAGGUCAAGGGUAGGGAUGGACAAAAAGUGCAUGCUCAAGUGUCAUCAGAAGACGUGUUGGAUGCAGCCAAAAGCCUGGAUGGAAAGUCUGGUAGGACAGAGAAAAUCAAAAAAGAACCUGAAGUGCGCAAUUUACAACUAGGUACACAGGCCCCUGUUAAGGACCAGGAGGUUACAUCUGUUACAGUAGCAAGUGCACCAAGUCUUGAUAAAGAUCAAACAAAUAUCCAAGGCACACAAUCAGCAGAAAACAAGGACCUGACUUCAGCUGAUGCUCAGCCAGAAAAGACUGCAGACAAGAUGACCAAGUUAGAAGUAUGCACAGGACCUACAGAGGUCAAGAAAACUGGGGUCCAAGAAGAGCAUCCUAAAGAGUCUACUCCUGAUGUAAAGACAGAGAAGGCUGCCGUCAAGACAGGAGCAGCAGUUCCACAAAUCUCCACUGAAAGGCAAAAGAAUGUGGCUCAGAGAGACUCCACUCAACUCACCUCUGUUGCUUCUGCAGCAUUGAAGCCUAGUCAAGCAGAGACAACAUCUGCAGAUACAUCUAAGAAAGACACUGUAAAACCAAGGGAGACAGGGAUUAAACAAGAGGUCAUGAAAACCACACAGGAAAGACCCAAAGAAGUGAAGGUAAAGGAUGACAGCAAGCAAGAGGUUCAUGCUCAAGUGUCGCCAAAAACCGUGCUAGAUUCCUCCCGGACCUUAGAUACAAAGUCUGUCAAGCUUGAGAAAAUCGAGGGGGCUGAAGUGCAAGUUUUAAAAUCAGGUACACAGAUCACUAUUAAGGAGCAGGAAGUCACGUCUGUUCCGACAGCAACGACAUCAAGGAUUGUGAUUGAUCCAACAAGUAUCCAUGUUAAGAAAUUGCCAGAAAACAAAGACCUGACUUCAGCUGAUGUUGAGCCAGAAAAGACUGCAGACAAGACGACCAAGUUAGAAGUAUGCACAGGACCUACAGAGGUUAAGAAAACUGGGGUCCAAGAAGAGCAUCCUAAAGUGUCUACUCCUGAUGUAAAGACAGAGAAGGCUGCCGUCAAGACAGGAGCAGCAGUUCCACAAAUCUCCACUGAAAGGCAAGAGAAUGUGGCUCCGAGAGACUCCACUCAACUCACAUCUGUUGCUUCUGCAGCAUUGAAGCCUAGUCAAGCAGGGACAACAUCUGCAGAUACAUCUAAGAAAGACACUGUAAAACCAAGGGAGACAGGGAUUAAACAAGAGGUCAUGAAAACCACACAGGAAAGACCCAAAGAAGUGAAGGUAAAGGAUGACAGCAAGCAAGAGGUUCAUGCUCAAGUGUCGCCAAAAUCUGUGCUGGAUUCCUCCCAGAGCUUAGAUACAAAGUCUGUCAAGAUUGAGAAAAUCGAGGGGGCUGAAGUGCAAGUUUUACAACCAGGUACACAGAUCACUGUUAAGGAGCAGGAAGUCACGUCUGUUCCGACAGCAAAGACAUCAAGGAUUGUGAUUGAUCCAACAAGUAUCCAUGUUAAGAAAGGGCCAGAAAACAAAGACCUGACUUCAGCUGAAGCUCAGCCAGAAAAGACUGCAGACAACAUGACCAAGUUAGAAGUAUGCACAGGACCUACAGAGGUCAAGAAAACUGGGGUCCAAGAAGAGCAUCCUAAAGUGUCUACUCCUGAUGUAAAGACAGAGAAGGCUGCCGUCAAGACAGGAGCAGCAGUUCCACAAAUCUCCACUGAAAGGCAAGAGAAUGUGGCUCAGAGAGACUCCACUCAACUCACCUCUGUUGCUUCUGCAGCAUUGAAGCCUAGUCAAGCAGGGGCAACAUCUGCAGAUACAUCUAAGAAAGACACUGUAAAACCAAGGGAGACAGGGAUUAAACAAGAGGUCAUGAAAACCACACAGGAAAGACCCAAAGAAGUGAAGGUAAAGGAUGACAGCAAGCAAGAGGUUCAUGCUCAAGUGUCGCCAAAAACCGGGCUGGAUUCCUCUGUCAAGAUUGAGAAAAUCCAAGGGACACGAGUGCAAGCUUUACAACCAGGUACACAGAUCACUAUUAAGGAGCAGGAAGUCACUUCUGUUCCGACAGUAACGACAUCAAGGAUUGUGAUCGAUCCAAUAAGUAUCCAUGUUAAGAAAGAGCCAGAAAACAAAGAACUGACUUCAGCUGAUGUUGAGCCAGGAAAGACAUCAGACAAGACGACCAUGAUCAAAGUGGAGACCAAGGAAACACCCAAAGCAGUCAAGGGUCGUGACGUGCAAGAAGUGCAUGCUGAGGCAACAACAAAAGUAAGGGAUGCCCCCCAGAGGCUGGAGGAAAAGUCUGUUAGUAAGUCUUCGGUAACCAGUAUAGAAGUGCGCAAAAGCUUUACCGAUUCCCUGUCCGAACCAAGUUUAGUCCCUAUCCACUAACAGGGAGACAACCAACAGAUGCAAAGGACAUUAAGAAGAAAGAAAACAAGGAGGCGAACAAGAGGACACCUCAGGAAGAGGAAAGGGAAAAAAUGGUCAAUCUAGGAAAACAAAAUGUUCCUCUGCCGAUGGCAAAAACCCCCUCCACUGCUGAAGAGAGGACAGUGGAUGCACCACAGGUGAACAAGGCUGACAAGAUACUAACUGCAUCACUGCAGGCAGUUCCGACAUCUGGCAUUAUCCGGAGUGAGGUAACCCUGGUGGAAGGAUCACCCCCUCAGGGAAACAUAGCUCAAGCUGCAGCGACUGUUAGGAAGCCUGAUAAACUUGUUCUGGAGGAACCAGAGGGAUCCACCAUGAGGAAAAUCUUCACAGAAGUACAGCUACUAUCUGGG